GCGGUGUGGAAAGGAGAGAGACGAGAGUGAGACACGGUGCGGAAAGGAGAGAGACAAGAACAAGACACGGUGUGGAAAGGAGAGAGACGAGAGCGAGAUGCCGUGUGGAAAGGAGAAAGACGAGAACGAGACGCGGUGUGGCAAGGAGAGAGUCAAGAGCGAGACAUGGUGUGGAAAGGAGAGGGACAAGAACAAGACGCGGUGUGGAAAGGAGAGAGUCAAGAGCGAGACACGGUGCGGAAAGAAGAGAGACGAGAGUGAGACACGGUGUGGAAAGGAGAGAGACAAGAGCGAGAUGCGGUGUGGAAAGGAGAGAGACAAGAGCAAGACACGGUGUGGAAAGGAGAGAGACAAGAACGAGACACGGUGUGGAAAGGAGAGAGACGAGAGCGAGAUGCCAUGUGGAAAGGAGAAAGACGAGAGUGAGACACGGUGUGGAAAGGAGAGAGACGAGAACGAGACGCGGUGUGGCAAGGAGAGAGUCAAGAAUGAGACAUGGUGUGGAAAGGAGAGGGACAAGAACAAGACGCGGUGUGGAAAGGAGAGAGACGAGAGUGAGACACGGUGCGGAAAGGAGAGAGACAAGAACGAGACGCGGUGUGGAAAGGAGAGAGACGAGAGCAAGAUGCCGUGUGGAAAGGAGAAAGACGAGAGCGAGACACGGUGUGGAAAGAAGAGAGACGAGAGUGAGACACGGUGUGGAAAGGAGAGAGACAAGAGCGAGACGCGGUGUGGAAAGGAGAGAGACAAGAGCAAGACGCGGUGUGGAAAGGAGAGAGUCAAGAGCGAGACAUGGUGUGGAAAGGAGAGGGACAAGAACAAGACGCGGUGUGGAAAGGAGAGAGACGAGAGUGAGACACGGUGCGGAAAGGAGAGAGACAAGAACGAGACGCGGUGUGGAAAGGAGAGAGACGAGAGCAAGAUGCCGUGUGGAAAGGAGAAAGACGAGAGCGAGACACGGUGUGGAAAGAAGAGAGACGAGAACGAGACGCGGUGUGGCAAGGAGAGAGUCAAGAACGAGACAUGGUGUGGAAAGGAGAGGGACAAGAACGAGACGCGGUGUGGAAAGGAGAGGGACAAGAACGAGACACGGUGUGGAAAGGAGAGAGUCAAGAACGAGACAUGGUGUGGAAAGGAGAGAGACAAGAACGAGACGCGGUGUGGAAAGGAGAGAGACGAGAGCAAGAUGCCGUGUGGAAAGGAGAAAGACGAGAGCGAGACGCGGUGUGGAAAGGAGAGAGACAAGAGCAAGACGCGGUGUGGAAAGGAGAGAGUCAAGAGCGAGACAUGGUGUGGAAAGGAGAGGGACAAGAACAAGACGCGGUGUGGAAAGGAGAGAGACGAGAGUGAGACACGGUGCGGAAAGGAGAGAGACAAGAACGAGACGCGGUGUGGAAAGGAGAGAGACGAGAGCAAGAUGCCGUGUGGAAAGGAGAAAGACGAGAGCGAGACACGGUGUGGAAAGAAGAGAGACGAGAACGAGACGCGGUGUGGCAAGGAGAGAGUCAAGAACGAGACAUGGUGUGGAAAGGAGAGGGACAAGAACGAGACGCGGUGUGGAAAGGAGAGGGACAAGAGCGAGACGCGGUGUGGAAAGGAGAGAGUCAAGAGCGAGACAUGGUGUGGAAAGGAGAGAGUCAAGAACGAGACGCGGUGUGGAAAGGAGAGAGUCAAGAACGAGACAUGGUGUGGAAAGGAGAGGGACAAGAACGAGACGCGGUGUGGAAAGGAGAGAGACGAGAGCGAGAUGCCGUGUGGAAAGGAGAAAGACGAGAGCGAGACACGGUGCUGA